AUCUGUGUGUUGCGCGCGCCAACCUCUCGAUCGAGAGGAAUAAGGUACAGUACUAGCACCUCACGAUGAAGAAGGAGGAGGACCUCGAGUCGCCGCUGCUGUCCGACGGCGAGCCGGCGCCGGCGGACUCCAAGGGCAACGCGUACGCGCUCGUCUGCACCCUCCUCGCCUCCCUCACCUCCAUCAUCUACGGCUACAAUCGCGGCGUGAUGAGCGGGGCGCAGAAGUUCGUGCAGGCGGACCUGGGCGUCACGGACGGGCAGCUGGAGGUGCUCAUCGGCGCCACCAGCGUCUACUCCCUCGUCGGCUCGCUGGCGGCGGGCUGGACCUGCGACCGCGCGGGCCGCCGCCGCGCCGUCGCCAUCUCCGCGGCCUUGUUCCUCGCCGGGUCCGCGGUCACCGCCGCCGCCGACGGGUACGCCGCGCUCAUGGCCGGGCAGCUCGUCACCGGCAUCGCGUGCGGGUUCGGGCUCGUCAUCGCGCCCGUCUACAUCGCCGAGAUCGCGCCGGCGAGCUCGCGUGGGUUCCUCUCCUCCAUCCCCGAGAUCGCCGGCAACUCGGGCAUCCUGCUCAGCUACAUCGCCGACUUCGCGUUCGCGGGCCUCCCCACGACGCUCAACUGGCGUCUCAUGAUCGGCAUCGGCGCCGUCCCGCCGCUCUUCCUCGCGGCGGCCGCGGUGCUCGCCAUGCCGGAGACCCCGCGCUGGCUCGUCCUCCACGGCCACCCCGACGAGGCCCGCCGCGUGCUCGCGCGCACCGCGGGGGACGCCGCCGUCGCCGACCGCCGCCUCCAGGAGAUCGUGACCUCAGUCCGGGAGGCGUCCAAGAACGCCGCCGUCUCCGGCGGUGGCAAGUCGUCGUCGACGGGCGUGUGGCGCGAGAUCCUCCUCCGCCCGACGCCGGCCGUCCGCCGCGUGAUGCUCGCCAUCGUCGGCCUGCAGGUGUUCCAGCAGGCCUGCGGCGUGGCGGCACUGGUGUUGUACGCGCCGCGGGUGUUCAGCCACGUCGGGAUCACCUCGGAGCGCGCCGUGCUCGGCGCUACCGUCCUCCUCGGCGCCGUCAAGACGGCGGCCAUCGUGGUCCCGCUGUUCCUCGCCGACCGCCUCGGCCGCCGGCCCAUGCUGCUCGCCAGCGCCGGCGGCAUGGCCGCGUCGCUCCUGGUGCUGGGCCUCUCGAUGCGCGCGCCGCCGCCGCCGGCGGCCUCGUGGUGGGCGGCGGCGACGUGCGUCGCGGCGGCCACGGCGUUCAUGGCGGCGUUCUCGCUGGGGUUCGGGCCGGUGAUCUGGAUGUACGGGUCGGAGAUCCUGCCGCUGCGGCUGCGCGCACAGGGGACGGGGAUCGGGACGGCGGUGAACCGGGUGAUGAGCGCCGUCGUGGGGAUGACGUUCAUCUCCAUGUACGAGGCGGUCGGCAUGGCCGGGAGCUUCUACAUCUUCGCGGCGUUCUCCGCGGCGGCGUGGGUGUUCGUGUACGCGUGCCUGCCGGAGACCAAGGGGAGAACCCUCGAGGAGAUGGAGGCGCUCUUCGACGCCGGUGCCAAGCCCUCGCCACGGGCGGUGCUGUCGUAACUCGUGAUCUGGGCAGCGACACGGAAGAAGCAGGUAAGUUGUCAAGGGUGUAAAAGACUGGUAAGACGCAUGGUUAGGGGGUGGGCUAGCAUAAAUGCAUAAUUGUUACUAGUACAGCGUGAUAAGGGCUCGUUUAGGAGGACUUUGGGUGUGGUUUUUCUGUGAAGAAAUUUUUUUUUUUGGCUUCGGCUUGUCUGGAUGGAAAAACGUUUGGAAAAACAGCUUCUCCUAGCUGUAUAACUAUGGCGGAACACCUCGGAUUAACUUAA